CCUUGUUCCAAUUCAUCUUGACAUGGCGUCUAGAAGAUUGUCUAAGUCUGUUUCCGCAGCCAUCAAGGCACACAAUGCUCUUUCAAGACCUUCUAUCCUUCUCCGGUCUCGCGCUCUCUCUGCCUGUGCUCACUUCAGCUCGCGUUCCUCAUCCAAUUCCUUUCUUUUCCGACCAGACUCCUUCGUCAGAGUUUCCGGAAACGGCAUAACUUCAGCGACUCAAGCCACUUCUCGUGGCCAACUUUUACCUCUUUCUCUCCAAUUCCCUUCUCCACGCCGCUUCUCUGAUAAGUCAGAUCAGACUGAUGAUAAGGAGAAAGCACUUGAAACAUAUGGAAGUGAUUUAACGGAGAUGGCUAAACAAGGAAAACUCCCUCCUCUCAUUGGACGCGAUGAUGAAGUUAACCGGUGCAUCCAAAUACUAUGCAGGAUGACAAAAAGCAAUCCUGUUAUCAUCGGUGAACCCGGUGUAGGGAAAACCGCUAUUGCAGAAGGGUUAGCGCAGCGAAUUGUAAAAGGGGAUGUCCCUGAACCUCUCUUGAACCAGAAGGUUAUAUCUCUCGACAUAGGUGCACUGAUUGCUGGUACCGAAUAUCGAGGAGAAUUUGAGGAAAGGUUGAAAGCAAUGUUGAAUGAAAUAACUGCAUCCAAUGGCAAGACAAUCUUGUUCAUUGAUGAAAUCCACACUAUUGUUGGUGCAGGAGCUUGUAAAGAUGAUACAAUGGAUGUGAGCAACCUCCUAAAACCAAUGCUUGGAAGAGGUGAACUACGAUGCAUUGGUGCAACUACGCUAACCGAAUACCGCAAAUAUAUGGAGAAAGAUCCAGCUCUUGAACGUAGGUUUCAGAAAGUGUUCUGUAAUCAGCCAUCUGUUGAAGAUACCAUCUCGAUUCUUCGUGGGUUAAGAACGCGGUAUGAGUUACAUCAUGGUGUUAAGAUAUCAGAUGGUUCUCUAGUUUCAGCAGCGGUCUUGGCAGACCGCUACAUCACUGAACGCUUUCUUCCAGACAAAGCUAUUGAUCUUGUUGAUGAAGCUGCUGCAAAGUUGAGGGUUUUGACCACUCCGAAACCAACUGAACUGGAUGAAAUAAACAAAGCUGUGCUCAAACUCGCGACGGAGAAGUUUUCUUUGCAAAGGGAUACUGAAAAAGCUUCUAUGGAAGUUCUACAGAAAAUGAAUAAAGAUUUGAGCAGGCUCACGGAUAAACGAAACAAACUCAGUAAGCAAUUGGAGCAAGAAAAGUCUCUCAUUACUAAAUUACGUUCGUUUAAAGAAGAGAUCGAUAAAUCCGCGGAACUUGAAUGUGGUCUAAACGGUACUGAUGAUCUUAAGUAUGGAACAAUUAUUUCUCUCCAACGCCAGUUAGAAGAAGCGGAGAAAAAUUUCACCAAUCCCGAAGAUUCACUCCAAGGAGAGGUAACCGAUGUCCACAUAGCAGAGAUAGUAAGCAAGUGGACCGGUAUUCCACUAUCAAAUCUUCAGCAAUCAGAGAAAGAAAAGCUAGUCAUGUUGGAAGAAGUGCUUCACAAGAGAGUUGUUGGUCAAGAAAAGGCUGUAGAAUCAAUAGCAAAUGCUAUCCGUUGUUCAAAGGCUGGCCUAUCAGAUCCUAACCGUCCAAUAGCCAGUUUUAUGUUCAUGGGUCCAACAGGUGUUGGUAAAACCGAGCUUGCCAACACUCUUGCUGGAUACCUUUUCAACACUGAAAACGCGAUAGUGAGGAUCGAUAUGAGUGAGUACAUGGAAAAAAACUCAGUCUCACGGCUCGUUGGUGCACCUCCUGGUUGUGCUGGUUUUGAAGAAGGUGGGCAGUUAACUGAAGCUGUUAGGAGGAGACCUUACUCAGUGGUUCUAUUUGACGAGAUCGAGAAAGCACACCCGGAUGUUUUCAAUAUCUUUCUACAGAUACUAGAUGAUGGAAGAGUAACUGAUUCUCAAGGAAGGACCGUAAGUUUUAGAAACUGCUUUGUAGUAAUGACGUCUAACAUAGGAUCACAACCCAUACUUGAGACUUUCCGCAACAAUAAAGAUAGCAAAGAAGCUGUUUAUGAGAUGAUGAAGCAACAAGCUGUGGAGUUAGCAAGACAGACUUUUAAGCCAGAGUUCAUGAAUAGAAUUGACGAAUACAUAGUUUUCCAGCCGUUGGAUUUAACAGAAUUAUCCAAAAUCGUGGAGUUUCAGAUGAGACGAGUGAAGAAUUUGUUGGAACAAAAGAAAAUAAAUCUUGAGUACACAAAAGAAGCGGUGGAGCUCCUUGCUCAGCUUGGGUUUGACCCCAACAAUGGGGCAAGGCCAGUGAAGAGAGUGAUUCAAGAGAUAGUGAAGAAGGAGAUCUCAUCAAAACUUUUGAAGGGAGAAAUUUCAGAGGAAGACACUAUACUUCUCGAUGUUGACCUACCUAACAACAAGUUGGUCAUCAAGAAGCUCGAGAUUAAUGCUCAUGUUGAAGAAUUGGCUGCAUAAUCAUACAAACUUAUUAAGACGUACGAUUCGGUUAGCGGUUAUAUCUCUAUUAUUCUAAUGAUGAUGUUUUAAGGAUUGUAUUUACCGACGAAAGCAAAAACAUCGACUUCUUCUUAGUCCACAAGCAUUUUAAAUUUAAAAGUUCGAGCGAUGAAUAAUGUGUUAAGAUAUUU